GGGAGGGGGUGGAAUAAGAUUGGAUUUUUUUUUAUUUUUUUUUCUACAGACUUCUUUUUUCAAAUACAAUUUUUUUGGAAAAAUAAAUAAUUAUAAAAAAUGGCUUUAAAGCGUAUUAACAAGGAGCUUAAAGAUCUCGAGCGUGACCCACCUUCUUCCUGCUCUGCAGGACCUAUUGGUGAUGAUUUAUUUCACUGGCAAGCUACUAUUAUGGGUCCUGUAAAUAGUCCUUACCAAGGUGGUGUCUUCUUCUUGUCUAUUCACUUUCCCACUGAUUACCCUUUCAAGCCCCCAAAGAUUAACUUUACCACCAAGAUUUAUCAUCCCAACAUCAACUCCAACGGUUCCAUCUGUUUAGAUAUCUUGAAGGAUCAAUGGUCACCCGCACUUACAAUCUCAAAGGUUUUACUUUCUGUCUGUUCUCUUCUUACAGAUCCUAAUCCUGAUGAUCCUCUUGUCCCUGAGUUGGCCCAUAUCUACAAGACCGACCGUGCACGUUAUGAAGCUACAGCAAGAGAUUGGACUAAGAAAUAUGCCAUGUAAAUUCCUUUUCUUUUUUUAAAUCACGUUCCUCCUUUCUUGUUGUUUGUUUUUUUUUACACAUAUAAAA